GGUGCUGUUGGUUGUGUGCGCUAUUCUUCCCGCCCGGCUACCCUACAAAUACAAUUCGUCUCCGGCUUAUUUCCCCCCUUGUCCCUCUAGCUGUUUGCUCUUGGCAUCUGCUCUAUUGGGAUAUCCGUCCUCCGCUCUCACUUGGCUCAAUUUUCUUGCUCCUCUUCUCUCGACUCUCCCUCCCGGUGUAUACCCACAAGUUUCUUCGACGCGUCUAUUACCAUUUCGAGCUCGCGAUGGCGCAAGAAAAGGCAGCCAACGAUGUUGGCGAGCCUCCUGUUCGCACGAAAAUACCAUACUGGCGCAUAGUCACCGACCAAGCAGGGAUAACACAGGAAGUAGCCGACUAUCGAUAUCCCGGUUCCGGUACAGAGGCAGACCCAUUCUUGGUGCAAUGGAUUCCCAACGAUCCUAGAAAUCCAAUGCUCUUUAGCAAAGCGACGAAAUGGUUCAUCACAUUCAUGGUGUCGUUGACCACUUUAGCAGUAGCACUGCUCUCGUCAGCCUACACAGGCGGUAUACGCCAAAUUAUAAUCGAAUUCGGCAUCUCGCAAGAAGUCGCAACCCUAGGCGUUUCCCUUUUCGUUCUCGGAUUUGCCAUUGGGCCGUUGCUAUGGGCACCGCUGAGUGAACUCUUCGGACGCCAGUCGCUCUUCUUCGGCACGUAUGCCAUUCUGACGGCAUUCAACGCCGGCUGCGCCGGCGCCAACUCGGCCACGACCCUCAUUGUCCUCCGCUUCUUCGCCGGCGCCUUUGGCUCGUCUCCACUCGCCAACUCGGGCGGUGUCAUCGCCGACAUGUUCCCGGCCGCCGACAGAGGCUUGGCGAUGGCGUUGUUCGCGGCCGCGCCGUUCCUAGGGCCUGUUCUGGGACCGAUCAUCGGUGGAUUUCUCGGGGCCGCGGCGGGCUGGCGUUGGGUCAUGGGUUUCUUGGCUGCGUUUUCUGGGACCCUUUGGCUUCUGGGUACAGCCCUUGUACCGGAGACCUACGCGCCGUAUCUGCUUCGGCAGCGAGCUGCGAAGCUCUCCAAGAUGACUGGCAAGGUCUAUGUCAGCAAGAUUGAACACGAGCAGGGCAAGAUCAGCUUGUCAGAGUCGUUCAAGACAGCCUUGUCGAGACCGUGGAUUCUGCUGUUCCGUGAGCCCAUCGUUUUGCUUCUGUCGCUUUACAUGGCCAUCAUUUACGGAACUCUCUACAUGUUAUUUGCGGCGUUCCCCAUCGUCUAUCAACAAGAACGAGGAUGGUCACAGGGCAUUGGUGGACUUGCCUUCCUUGGUAUCAUGGUGGGCAUGAUUUUCGCCAUUAUUUACACACUACCCGAGAACGGCCGGUAUAAGCGAGUACAGGAGAGGAACGGCGGAUUUGCUCCCCCGGAAACCCGUCUCCCAUCAGCCAUGGUUGGAGGCGUGGCGAUUCCCAUCGGUCUGUUCUGGUUUGCUUGGACCAACAACUCCGACAUCCACUGGAUGGUGAGCAUCGCCGCUGGCGUCCCGUUUGGAUUCGGAAUGGUGUUGCUGUUUUUGAGCGUCAUGAACUACCUCAUCGACGCCUACACCAUCUUCGCGGCAAGUGUGCUCGCUGCAAACUCCGUCAUCCGUAGCUGCUUCGGCGCAGCGUUCCCCUUGUUCACGACGUACAUGUACAAGGAUCUCGGGACGAACUGGGCAUCGUCGAUUCCCGCAUUCCUGGCACUUGCUUGCGUUCCGUUCCCGUUUUUGUUUUACAAAUACGGUUCGAAGAUCAGAGCCCGCUGCAAGUUUGCUGCACAAUCGGAGGCUUUCAUGGCGCGAUUGCGGGAGGAAGAUACCCCGUCUUCGGACAAGGAGCCGGAAGUGAGCGGCGAACAGGAAGCAUUGGCGAGCGAUACUGUCGACUCGGAAGCAUCAUCUUCCGACGAUCGGUCGUCCAUGCACCGCCAGAGCACGCAUCACACACGACGGACGAUGAGCCUGGCCUCGACGCGCCGAAAGUCUUACGAUGGAAACCCGUACGAUAUUGACAGAGUCAAUACGAGAGAGUCUUUCGCUACGAAGCAUAAGUAAUGGAGGGGCUUGAUACCUGUUAGAGUCACGGAUCAGAUGUCGAAGAAUGAUUGAGGAAUGAUACCCGUUGAAGGAUGGACAGGCGAUCCUGCCUCCAUGUUCUAUGUAUGCAUACAGCUGUUGUCAUUGAUUAUUCCAGCCCAAGGGCCAGGUGGAACAUUGAUCUUCAGCCAUAUUAGAGUUUACACUUGUUGCUUCCCCGAAUAGCCUAAUAAGCAUCUAAAACUAU